AUCAUCCCCCCAACAUUACAUCGCCUCCACAAAAAAAAAAAAAUAUCCAACCACCUUUUCCACUUCCACCACCGCUCUCUUCUCCACCGCGAUCCAAAACCCAAACCAAUUUCAUUUUUAUGCACCCCAAAAUAAAAUAAAAAUAAAAAUAAAAAAGCUUCGUCGCGCCGGGAAAGUUGGAGAACGAACGCCAUGAGCGCCGACGAGGACGCGGCGUCGCGGGGCGGCGGCGGAGGCGGGAAGAGGAAGGCGGUGGCGGAGGGGGGCUCGCCGUCGCCGCUGUCGGUGCUGGCGGACGACGUGCUGCUGCAGAUCCUGGGGAGGCUGGAGGGGGACCCGCGGGACUGGGCGAGGGCGUCGUGCGCGUCGCCGCGGCUCGCCGCGCUGCUCAGGGCGGCGUGCCUCCCGCCGCGCCUGACGCGGGCGCUCCCCGCCGAGCUCCUCCCGCCGCCGUCCCCCGACGGCGCGCCCAGGGCGUGGGCCGCGCUCCACAAGCUCUCCGUCUGCUGCCCGGGCCUCCUCCGCGCCGGCGUCCUCCUCGAGCCCUCCGAUGACUUCGGCCUCGAGCUCGACAUCGGCCCCGACCUCUCCGUCCCCGCCCCCUCCCCUUCCUCCUCCUCCCUCGACCACGCCUCCACCGCUACCUCCGCCCCCGCCCCACCCCCCGACUCCUCCUCCUCCUCCGCCGCCGCCGCCACUACGUGGUCGCUCUACGACGACCUCUACCUCGACACCGCCUACGACUGCUCCCCCUCCGAGGCGGCGCAGAUCUCAAACACGGCUGCGACCCCCGCCCCCGCCGCGGCGCGGCGAGGGGUGGCGUCGGGGAGCAGGAGGCGGGCGCGGCGGUGGCUGGGGACGGUGGGGGCGCACCUGGCGUCCGGGUCGUGGACGCUGAGCAGGGAGCAAGGGAACAAGCUGCUGGCGAGCAGGUUCCGCGGCGACCGCCUCUACAUCUGCGACUGGCCCGGGUGCGUCCACGCCGAGGAGCGCCGCAAGUACAUGGUGUUCCGCGGCGUGUUCCACGACUUCCCGAGGUCCCAGGUGCGCCGCGCCCUGCGGGACACCCGCCGCCCCACCGUCGCCGUCGACUGCGCCUUCUGCGGCUGCACCGAGGCCUGGGACCUCUACGCCGCCUUCUGCCUCCGCAGCUUCUACGGCUACCACGACGACGGCGAGCCCGUCGUCCGCGCCUACGUCUGCGAGAACGGCCACGUCGCCGGCGCCUGGACCGAGCGCCCCCUCUACUCCUGACUGCGACACCCACACCCAUGGUUCGGUAUGCCCACUCUACUGCUUUUGCUCUCUCAUGGAUGUGCAGCCAUGGCCGCCAUUGCCAAGAAUGCCAAGCAAACCUUUACUUGUGCUUGUGAUAAUUACUCCAUGUGUAUAUACUACUAGCAAUGUGGGUAUCAGAUCAUCACCUCUGGAGAUUAUGCAGGGCUGAUGUGAUGUGAUAUGCAUCUCUUUGUCUUGUUAGAGAUGAAUCAGAUGAUGCUUAAGCUAGCUUAAUAACGCGAUUACCGCGCUUCCGUCGAGCGAAUUCUCAGCGCGAUUCGGCGCGAUCGAUUAAGAGUGUAACUUCUGAUGAUUUGCACAAGAACACAGUUAUGAUGCAGGUUGAUGUUGUAUUUGAUAUUAGGCAGUGACUCGGUUACGCUCUCUACUUGCUGAUGAGCUGGGGAUUCAGAACUUGCAUCAACUGUUCUUGCUUGCUGCUGAUUUGCAGUAGACCUGAUUGUUGUACAUGCACUGCAACCUCCUUCAGCUUUAUUAUCUUCAUGAAGUAGAAUUUGCAAGGUU